AUGAGUGGCAUCAUUGAUGAUAAGCUUGUCCAUGUGAUGUACGGGAUGUCAAAGGAUUUCGCCGCUGCCGGUCUGAGACUAGGAUGUCUAGUCACCCGAAACGAAGAAUUGGGUCAAGCUGUGCAGUCUCUAGCACGUUUCCAUGGCGCAUCGCCAGUCACAGACGCUAUAGCCACCACUAUACUUGAGGACGACGAAUGGCACAACCAAUUUCUAGCCGAGAGUGCAAGGGUGCUGGGUGAACACCAAGAGCUUGUCACCAAGGGACUUGACAAAGCUGGAAUUCGCUAUAACAAGCAAGCGUAA